AGCUUCAUGGCCGCCCCCACUUCCGCCUCGGGCCCCCUGGGAUACCAGCUGCUUCUACUCCUGCUGACUACCCCAACCUGGGUUGCAUCAGUCAGUCACCGACACCUUAAAAGCCAGGAAAAUUUAGUGAUCCAUGAUGUGGCCUGUGGCAAGCCAGUUCUGCAGGGCAAGGUCUUGGGUGGAGUGGCGGCACCCUAUCAGAAAUGGCCGUGGCAGGUCAGCCUGCAUUUCUCUGGCCUUCAUGUAUGUGGUGGCUCCAUCCUCAGUGCCUACUGGGUGCUGACGGCAGCACACUGCUUUGAUAGUGGGAAGAAGAUUGAAAUCUUUGACAUAUAUGUGGGCAUCAACAACCUGGAGAAGGCUACCAGAUACACCCAGUGGCUGGAGAUUGACAAGCUGAUCAUCCACCCCACCUAUGAAAUGUUUCACCCUGUUGGAGGGGACGUGGCGCUGUUGCAGUUGAAGAGCCCCAUCAUAUUUUCUGACUUCGUGCGCCCUAUUUGCUUGCCACCUUCCAACCUGACCCUCCAGAAAUUGUCUUGCUGGGCUACUGGAUGGGGAAUGGCCUCACAGCAAGGAGACAUCUUGAAACAGCUACAAGAAGUCCAGUUGCCAAUAAUCCCCAUGGAAAAGUGCCAGCUGCUCUAUGGAUUUACAGCUUACUUCCUGCCAGAAAUGUUGUGUGCUGGCGACACCGUGAAUGAGAAGAAUGUGUGUGAGGGUGACUCUGGUGGCCCACUGGUAUGCGAUGUGAACCAAACCUGGGUACAGAUUGGAAUAGUGAGCUGGGGCCGAGGGUGCACCCAACCCCUGUACCCAGGGGUUUAUGCCAGUGUCCCCUAUUUUUUGAAAUGGAUCCAUUAUUAUUUGGAGAGCACACCCAUUCCUCCCCUGCCAACCCCCUCCAUCGCUUCAUCCUCGAGAAGCACCAUUAGCAUUUUUGUGACCAUGCUGACUAGCCUGUUAGUUUGGUGAGAGCCAAGACACUCAUCCCCAUGGGCUGCCUCAUGCCCUGUUCCUGUCCUCUGUAGCUCUCCAGCCCUGCCCAU